AUGGUGCGACAUAUCUGUCACGGUGUCAGCUCGCAGCGCGUCAUCAGAUCACCAGCGCUGAACUCUAACGUAUCGCUAAUUUCUCGCCGAUUAAGCAGCUUUCCUCGUGUUGGUUCUGGAAGGAGCAUCUGGCUGGGAGCGUCGUCGAAUUCGCUGAGCUCGCUCGUGACUCGACCGUUGCUCGGCUCACGCCACGCGAAGCCGUGCUCAGUGCAUUCCGGCGUUAGACCAGUACGAACUCUUGCGUCUCUGGUGAGCAAUGAGGGAGCUGCAGGGGAGGACGUGUUUCCCUCCGUUCUUCCCAAGGCCUUUGACUUCUCUGCAGAGGAGAAAAUCUAUGCCUGGUGGGAGAGCAGUGGGUACUUCAAGCCAGACGAGUCUGCUCUGCAGUCAGGCGCUGCUGCUGCUGGUAGUGACGGCGGUGAUAAGGCUGACAGCAGCACCACUCCGUUUGUCGUCUCCAUGCCCCCCCCCAACGUCACUGGCGCUCUGCACAUGGGCCAUGCCAUGUUCGUCACUCUCGAGGACAUCAUGACUCGAUUCUGGCGCAUGAAGGGGCGUCCCACCCUCUGGCUGCCAGGCACGGACCAUGCAGGCAUCGCCACUCAGCAUGUGGAGCAUGUGAUUGCAAUCAUACUCCCCUCCACUUUGUGCCCCUCCCUUCGCCCUUCACAGUUGGUGGUGGAGAAGAUGCUGGCGUCUGAGGGGAUUAGCCGGCAGGAGCUGGGGCGAGAAGAGUUUGUGAAGCGCGUGUGGGAGUGGAAGGAGAAAUAUGGUGGCACAAUCGCAAAGCAGAUCCGCAGGCUCGGCGCCUCCUGUGAUUGGUCGAGAGAGAGGUUCACUUUGGAUGAUCAACUCAGCAAGGCCGUGGUGGAGGCGUUUGUCCGCCUGCACAACAAGGGGCUCAUCUACCGCGGCACGUACAUGGUCAACUGGUCUCCGUUUUUACAGACCGCUGUGUCAGAUCUGGAGGUGGAGUAUACAGAGGAGCCGGGCACGCUCUACUUCUUCAAAUACCCCAUCGCUGGAGGCACAGAGGACGACUAUCUACCAGUAGCCACGACAAGGCCAGAGACCAUUCUGGGCGACACAGCAGUGGCCGUACACCCAGAGGACGAGCGCUUCAAGCAGUAUGUGGGGCGGCAGGCCGUGGUGCCCUUGUGUGGCGGCAGGACCAUUCCCAUCAUUGCCGAUGAUUACGUGGACAUGGAGUUUGGAACAGGGUGUCUCAAGAUCACCCCCGGUCACGACAUCAACGACUAUGCCAUCGGGCAGCGCCGGGACCUCCCCAUUAUUAACAUCCUCAAUAAGGACGCCACACUCAACGAAAAUGCAGGGGCCUUCUGUGGUUUGGAUCGGUUUGAGGCUCGGAAGCAGGUAUGGGAGCAGCUGGAGAAGGAAGGCCUGGCGAUCAAACAGCAGCCACACGUGCAGCGGGUGCCACGCUCGCAAAGAGGAGGCGAGGUGGUGGAGCCGCUGGUGAGCCGGCAGUGGUUUGUGCGCAUGCAGCCACUGGCAGCACGGGCACUGGAAGCAGCAAGGACAGGCGAACUCACCAUCAUCCCAGAGAGGUUCGAGAAGAUCUACGAGUUUUGGCUGGACAACAUAAGGGAUUGGUGCAUCAGCCGGCAGCUAUGGUGGGGCCACCGCAUUCCUGUCUUCUACCCCUCCUGGGACAACGCCCUGCCCGCUCCCCUCCCUGGGAAGGGCGGUGAGGGUGCUGAGGAGGGGGUGGCGGAGUAUGUGGUGGCUGGGACCGAGGCUGAGGCCCGGGAGAAGGUUCGGGAGAGGUUCGGGGAUGAGGCGGCGGAGACAGUGCGAUUGGAGCAAGACCCUGAUGUGCUUGACACGUGGUUCUCUAGUGGCCUGUGGCCGUUCAGCACGCUGGGUUGGCCCAACGAGUCAGCAGAGGACUACCAGAAGUUCUACCCCACCUCGGUCAUGGAAACAGGGCACGACAUCUUGUUCUUCUGGGUGGCGCGUAUGACCAUGAUGGGGCUGGAAUUCACAGGCAAACUGCCCUUCCACACCAUCUACCUGCACGGGCUCGUGCGUGACGCACAGGGGCGCAAGAUGUCCAAGUCACUAGGCAACGUGGUCGACCCAUUGGACACCAUCAAUGAGUUUGGCACCGAUGCCCUCAGAUACACCCUCGCCACCGGCACCACCCCCGGACAGGACGUGAAUCUGUCUAUGGAGCGUCUGGGCGCCAACAGGGCGUUUGUGAACAAGAUAUGGAACGCGGGGAAGUUCAUUCUGCAGAACCUUCCUGGCAAGGACGACGAGAAGCAGUGGCAGCGCCUGGGGCAAGUCAAGUUUGACACUCCCGAGGCGCUCGCUGCCCUCCCAUUGGCCGAGAGAUGGCUGGUGAGCUGA